AUGAUUUCCUUCUAUUGCCUCAACAACCACUGGGCGGGCGCAAAGCUCCUCGCGCAAGCGGCGGAAGCGGGGCACGGCGCGGCGAUGUACUCGCUGGCAAUAAUCAACUUCCACGGCAGCGGCGGCGCGGCGGACGACGCGAAUCCCGAGGUCGGCGUGGAGCUGAGCUGGCGCGCUGCGCGGCUCGGGUUCCUCCCCGCGUUACAGGAACUCGGGCAUUGCUUCUUAGACGGAUACGGCGUCGCGCAAAGGACGUCCUUAGGGCAGCUGCUGCUACAGCACGCGGCGGCGGGGCUGGCGGAAGCGGACAGACGGGGAAGCGCAAAGGCCAAGGCGCGCUCCGCGCCCGUUUCCCCCGCGUGCGCGGAAGCAGGAGCAGCGGGAAGCGGAGGCCGAGUGGCACAGGGGCAGGCGCAGGUUGCGCAAGCGGGAACGCGGAAUUCGCAGCAGCAGCAGCCGCAACCGCAGCAGCGGGAGCUCCGCCGCAUUCCGCGCUCGCGCAGCUGGCCGCAGUGCCAUGUUUCUUCCCCCGGCGGCGAAGUCUCGGCCUCCGCCCGCGCGCGCGUGUGCGCGAGAGGUGACUGUAACGCGAGGGGUGACUGUAACGAAGCGUGCGGCAGGGGGAUGCUGCGAGGCGCUGACGCUGGAGGCGCGAGGCUUAGGGGGGAUGUGACUGUAGAGGGCAGGGGGAACGGUGGCGCUAGAGGCGCGGGGGAAGGAAAGGACGAGAGGGAGAUCAACGGUCGCGAUGACGCGCAAGGGGAGGAGCGGCAGAUGCUUAGAGAGGCGGAAAGUGCACGAGCUCCAUCCGAACCAGGGGUUGAUCGAACCAUGGUUUUCUCACUCUGUUCUGAGGAGGAAGAGAGAGAGGAGGGGCAAGAGGGGCAGAAGCGGCAGGGGGCGGAAGGGGAGGAAGACGCAAUGGGAAUGUUGCUGCUGCUAGAAGAGAUGGCGGGGGAGAGAGGCGUGGAGGGAGCAGAGAGCAAGCGGGAGAGCGAGCUGGAAAACCAAGGGUUUGAGGCUUUCCCGUUGUCCCUGAACUGUCCCUCUCGCCGCCUUCGCCUGUCUGUGAAUCAGCAGACGCAAUUGCUUCUUCUGCUGCUGCUGCUGCAGGUGCUCUAG